AUGGCCUUCCCACGUCUACAGAAGUUGGUUGACGAUGCAGCUGCACAGCUCGACGAAGAGCUACUAGCUGGACUGCCGUUCACGGUCAAACCUCCAUCUCCAAGGCGACUUCUGAAGCUGAUCGUGGAUCACGCUGACGAUCUGAACUUCCACGCCUGGGAAUAUCAACAUUGCGCAGCUGCGGAGAUGUUCUUUGGAGAUUACACUGAGGCGCUUGUUGCCGGCGGUCACCUCAAGCUCGACCAUAGGCCUGCUUCAGCUACUGGAGCUACGCCAUCAAUUGCUCCCACGCCAAUAGCUACUCCUGAUCAAACGAUAGCUGUCACUCAGCGAGAAGCUUCUCGCGAAGCUUUAGUACUUCACUUACGGCGAAGAAAGGCUUCACGCAGCAACAUGUGGGAAGCUCUUCAAGCCCUUGGACCUUUGGGAAAUGCAAAGCUCAAGCUUUGCUAUAGCUUCUUCCGAAGCGCACGUGGUUGUGUUCGAGUGAGGCUUAAUACCGUUGAGCUGAUCGAGCUGAUCCGCCACGUGAACGAAGAACAGCUUUCCCUCUUCUUGGAAACGGAUGAGCGAGCUGCUCCUCUGGUCACGAAGCUCUUCGACAGCAACGACAAGGAUCGGGCCGAGUUCGCGAGCUUACAGCGAACGCAUGCCGCAUUCCUCAAGCGGUAUCAGGAAGCUCAAGCUGAGUUUUCGUUCGAGCUCCACGAGACAGUUCUUCAGCUUGAGAAGAACCGAGCUCUACAUGCCCAGGACAAGCAGCUAAAUCUUGAGCUGGAGUUGGAGAGGGAGGCAAAGCUUAGAUGCAAGGAAGCUGCUGCGAGACAUGUGGAGCUUUCGGCAAGUCGACGUGCUGCGCUUAGUAGCGCGUAUGCGCAAGAGAGAAUGCGCGGCGAGCUCCAGGCCAAGCUUGACCUUUCGAUCGAGGCUGCCGCCAUCUCCAAGGCUGCGCAAGAUGUCGCCGCAGGUCACCGACGACCUUACUUCUGGCAAGGCUUCCUCCGCGGAGCCCAGUGGGACAACAAGCUGCAACCGCUUCGGCGCCUUGUUAGAGUACCAAGCUCGACUGUUUCUGCCACAACUUCUCGGCCUUCCGCGCCACUCUCCGACAAGCUUGAGUUUGUACGUGCCGAAGCUUUCCACGAAGCUGUGGUCCUGCCCUUCUCCCCCCCUUCGGAGGACGUCAAGCUUACACUACGGGAGCGAGCUACUCAGCUUUGGGAGCCUGUGCGCAAGACCGACGGCAAAGCUGCGAACUUGCCAGGUCGCUUCAAGGACAACAACAAGUCGGGAAUGGCAUAUCGGCUAGCUGCACCUGCCGAGCUCAAGGCAGAGCAUCCUUCCAAGGUCUACUUCGACCAAUUUUGGUCUCACGCUCACCUUCACCUUUUCUGCAAUCCUCCCUCAUCAAGACUUCCAACGACAAUAGAAGGUUACACGCGCCCUGGCCCCCCGUUCCCUCCAGCUGAGGUCGAAGACUGGCCGUAUGGAGACGACAUCCCAAAUAACGAAGUCGAAGCCGACAUGAGGGCUAACGAGCAGGCCGAAAGCUUCUGGGCUACAUACUCAGACCCUGGCACGAGGAAGAAAAAGUACAAGGUCCGGUUCCGCGACACCCUCGCCAAGCAUAUCGCGCGGCUGGAAGAGAUAUGGGAAACUGUAGCUUCAUACAACGCCGAUAAGUUCUCGUACACGUCGCGAAAGUCAACAAUGGAUGCCAAACUGCGGGAUCCCGAACUCCUUGUCUUAUGGGAAGUGCUAAUCGCCGCACAAGAGGCAAAAGACGAGAACGACGACACUAUGGAACCGCUCCAUAAGCUGGAGCAGAAGCUUCGUCGGAUUGCACUGACUGGCAUCCACGUGGGCAAUCUCACCAAGAAGCACACCAAGUCUGAGAAGGCAGCUGGAGGACCUGACAUUCGGAAGGCCGUGUACGCUUCAUGA